GUUUUUUUCCGAAGCCCUCAGGGUCCCUGUGCCCGAAGGCUCCGGGGUGACUGCUGCGGGGGUCUCUCCGCGCCCUGCGACGGCUUCGCUGCUCGGGAGCCGCCUGGGAGCCACGUCAGUCGCGCCCCGGUUUCCACUAUUUUGCAGGCCCAGCACGGAGGUCCCCGAAUGGGGCCAGCCGCCCCGCCCCCGACUAAGCGGCUGCUGGACGGGGAGGGCGAGCCCGGGACGGUCCGCUUCUGUCCGGAGACGCUGCGCCGUUUUCGCCCGCCGCUUCCGUGACGCUUUUCCAAAGUCCGCAACUUCCAGCUGGAGGGGCUCCAAGCCCCGGAAUCCCCCCGCCCGGCAGCUGCUCUUCCAGCGCCCGCCUUGCCGCCUCCCCGCCCGCCCGGGCUUGGCAGGGAAAUCGGGCGCGCCUCCCGGAAAGCGGCUGCGGGGGAGAGCUGCUCUGGGCCGCCGGCCUCUCGGCUCUUCCAGUCCGGGGAGGCGGGGCGAGGGCGGCCCCUGCAGGGAGAGGCCCGCUGGGCGGCUGGAGGCGGCGGCCGGAUUGCAACACCGCGUCUUGUGACUUGCUGCAGGGCGGCCUUGGCCCGCUCGUCCCCGGAGCUGCGGGGCUUCGGCGGCUGGCGAGGAGCCCGGCGGGAGAAUGAGCCGAGCGGCGAGGCUGCUGGGCUUCUUCCUCUGCCUGUGGCUGCCCCACUUGCGAGGCCAGGGCGCCCGGCCCUCCCAGCCUGAGCAGGUGCAUCUGUCUUACCCAGGAGACCCCACCUCCAUGGUGGUCACCUGGACGACCUUUGAGCCAGCUGAGUCCCUUGUAGUCUUUGGCCAGGCUCCGGGAAAGACCCUUCCCCACAAGGCCAGCGGAAACGCUACACGCUUUGUGGAUGGGGGCAGCCUGGGCCGUGUCCUCUUCAUCCACCGAGUGACUCUCCGCGGCCUUCUCCCGGGACGGAGCUACGUCUAUCGCUGUGGGAGCCCGCGGGGCUGGAGCCAGCCCUAUGGCUUCCGGGCGUUACUGAAGGGCAGCGGCUGGAGCCCGCGGUUCGCCCUCUUUGGAGACCUGGGCCUGGUGAACCCCCAGUCCUUGUCCCGGCUGCAGAGGGAGACUCAGCAGGGCUGGUACGACGCAGUGCUGCACAUAGGAGAUUUUGCCUACGACCUGGACUCGGAUAACGCCCUCGUCGGGGAUGCCUUCAUGCGGAAAAUCGAGGCCGUGGCUGCCUUUGUGCCAUAUAUGACUUGCCCGGGAAACCAUGAGGAGAAGUACAAUUUCUCCAACUACCGGUCCCGCUUCAGCAUGCCCGGAGACACCGAGAGCCUCUGGUACAGCUGGGAUGUAGGCCCUGCUCAUCUCAUUUCCUUCUCCACGGAGGUGUACUUCUUCCUGGGCUACGGGGAGGAGCUGGUAGCCAAGCAGUUCCAGUGGCUGGAGAGGGACCUCCAGGAGGCGAACCGGCCUACACGGCGCGGGGAGCGCCCCUGGAUCAUCACCAUGGGGCAUCGACCCAUGUACUGCUCCAACAACGACAAGGACGACUGCACCCAGCACGAGAGCAUCGUGCGCAAAGGACUUAAGCCGAACCGUUACGGCCUGGAGGAUCUUUUCUACAAAUACGGGGUCGAUCUGACGCUGUGGGCUCACGAGCAUUCCUACGAACGGCUCUGGCCUCUCUAUGACUACAAGGUUUACAAUGGGAGCACCGCAGCCCCUUACACCAAUCCCAGCGCCCCCGUCCACAUUAUCACUGGAUCAGCCGGUUGCAAGGAGCGGCUGGACCCUUUCAUCCCAGACCCCCGAGAAUGGAGUGCUCUGCGGGUUGAGGAUUAUGGGUACGCCCGCAUGCAGAUCGUCAACAUGACCCACCUCUGGUUGGAGCAGGUCUCGGAUGACCAGGAUGGGAAGGUGGUGGAUAAGAUUUGGCUGAUCAAAGACCGGCAUGGUGGCCCCAGGGCCUGGCAGUGACCCUCCAGGCUGGAAGACCCUCGGAGGCAGGGCAGCCAGUAUCCCUCCUCCUGAGCUCCAGCGGCUUCAAUUGCACUGAGCUCUCUGGCCUGAAUAUGAAGCGGUUUGCGUGACCCGGCCACAAAGGGGGUGAAAGAGUGAAGAAGAAGACGACCUUGACCACUGGAGGAAAAGGAGGAGGAAGUUCAGUGAUGUUGCUGCAGCUGCCCUCCGGGUAGCAUUGAGGACAAGUGUGAUUUUAAAGCAAAUAAUUACUUGAAAUAAAAAUCAGGACUAAAGGGAGA